UUACUCUCUCUCUCUCUCUCUCUCUCUCUCUCUCUCUCUCUCUCUCUCUCUCUCUCUCUCUCUCUCUCUCAGUGUGUGCAGUAAUAGAAGGCAGACAUGGCGACGGUGGUCCAGCCGCUGACUCUGGAGCGAGAUGUGGCGCGGGCGAUAGAGCUACUGGAGAAGCUGCAGGAGUCAGGAGAUGUUCCUGGCCACAAGCUCCAGUCCCUGAAGAAGGUUCUUCAGAGUGAGUUCUGCACGGCCAUCAGAGAGGUCUACCAGUACAUGCAUGAGACAAUAACAGUGAAUGGCUGUCCGGAGUACCAGGCUCGUGCCACAGCGAAAGCCACAGUGGCGGCCUUCGCGGCCAGCGAAGGUCACUCCCACCCGCGGGUGGUGGAGCUGCCGAAGACAGACGAAGGGCUGGGCUUUAACGUGAUGGGCGGGAAAGAGCAAAACUCACCCAUCUACAUCUCCCGCAUCAUCCCCGGGGGCGUGGCCGAGCGACACGGUGGACUGAAGCGAGGAGACCAGCUCCUGUCUGUCAACGGUGUGAGUGUGGAGGGGGAGCACCAUGAGAAGGCAGUAGAGCUUCUGAAAGCAGCAAAGGACAGCGUGAAGCUGGUGGUCCGCUACACGCCGAAGGUUCUGGAGGAGAUGGAGGCUCGCUUUGAAAAGCUCCGCACAGCCCGCCGGCGCCAACAGCAGCAGCUACUGAUGCAGCAGCAACAGCAGCAGAACCUCAACGCUCAGCAGAACCACAUGUCGUAGGUUGUUCCAGAAGAAGAAGAAAUAGAGGAUCGGGAGCGAGCUCUGCUAGAACUCUAAUCCGGCGACCUGCAGCCAUCCAGCAGACGCGAAAGGAGGGCCUGGCUGUUUUUCAACGAACACCACCCCUCGUUCAGUGUACUACCUACAGCUUUACACGGCCCACCAACCUCUAUGAUCUGUCCUGGAACGUUAACUUCUGUGCUUGGGAAUCGAAUGGCUGCAGAAAAGACGAUAAGAAGAGAGAGAGAAAGCAGUUGUUUUAAUACUUUUUCGUUGUUGAUCUUUUAGUUGUCCGCCUCAACCAGUUGCAAGUUGUGACCCUCUCCAAAGAAAGUCCCGUUCUCGUAGUUUGUGGUUCCGUAUUUACUUGUAAUACUGACGCGUUCUGAAGCUGAAUGUGUUGACUGGUCUUUUUACUCCCUUUUGUUCGUUUGUUCGGUUUCUCCACAGCUUUGUACAAUAACCUCUCAACGGAUUCUUCUGGUGCUUUGUGUCCGUGUGAAAGAAAACUCGCUCUUUUUCAGUGUCAAAUGUGUCCUCGAUCGGAUAAAGUGAGGUAUUUUAUACCAUAUUGUAGCAAGGAAUAUUUUGUAUAAACAGGUAGAUUUAGCAAUAACACACUUUUGUUGGUUUUGCAUUGUCAUUGUCAAAUUUUUGGAGAACAGUUAAAGGAAUAUUACGUACCUAUAUGGAAGAUUAUAACAGCAGUGCGCUUUGAAGGGCCGCUUGUCUAGAAAUGCUAACUAGAGCUAGCUAGCACGCUUAACAGCAGAGAGGAGCUAGCAGAAAGGACAGCACAUCUAAAUCUAGCUUUGCUAGAUUUCAGUUGUUGUUAGCCAUGUUAGCAUUUUCUUAAGCUAACAGUAAGAAGAGUGAAAAAAGCAGUAGCUAGCCAUCUAGUUAUAAAUGCUAAUGUCUAUCUCCUGUACUCUGCUAUAUUUAAUUUGUUGUUUGCCAUGUUAAAAAUAUAUUCAAACAAAAAGAGAGCAAAUGCUAGUUACACUACUUUUGCGUGAUUUAAUAAGUUGUUAGCCAUAUUAGCAAUUUUGACCAAGCUAACACAAAGAGGAACAAAGGACAGCAGCUACAAUGCUGGUAAUGUAUGUGCUAGCUAACAUUAAUUUCACGUGUUGUUAGCCAUGCUAACAUUUUUAGAGGUAUCAGAAAGCAGCGCCAAAGCUAGUUACACUAAUAUUGGUAGAUUUUAAUUGUUGUUAUCCAUGUUAGCAUUUUAAUCAUUAAAGGAGAUUAAAUGGCAUUACCUAGCAUGCUAGAUAUAUAUGUGAGAGCUAAUGUCUCGCUGCUGUGCUCCAAUAGAUUUCACUUGCUGUUAUCUAUGUUAACAUUUUAAACCAAGCUAACACAAAGAAGAACAGAGGGCAGUAGCUAGAAUAUUAGCUGUGUACGUGAUAGCUGAUGGAUGUUAGCGAAGCUAGUAGAAAAAAACAUGGUAGCAGCUAGGCGUUAUUUAUGUAGGUGCUAGCUAACAUCUAGCUCUCUUGCUCUGUCAUAUUUCACUUGUUGUUAGCCAUGUUAUCAUUUUUAGCCAAGCUGUUAAAUUCUUCCAUUUGCACAGAAUGUCCUUAAUGUAUGAACUAGCUACAACAUCAGCUAAUCAGCUGAAGCGAUUAGAUGUACUGGUGUAAAAAAGUUAAUUACAUUGUAUAAACAUUGUUUUUUGCCACAGUUCUGAGGCAGUUUUACACAACAAACCAAUAAAUAUAAUAAAAAUAUGUUCUAUUUAUGCUAAUGUUAAGAUAUAAUAUAAAAAAAGUAAAAAAGUUAUUUAUUUGAGGACAAGCAGAAUGUCAAAUACAGAUAUACAGAAAUGAUAUACUGUGGUUUAAGUGGUGUUGGGGGGUCAUAACAUACUAUUUUUGUUAUUUAUAAAAAAGUUAGAUUUUGUAGAGUUUUAAACAGGCUAUUAUUGUGUUUCUGUAUUAAACAUAACCGCAGCUAAUAUCUGACCAUUUCAUCUAAUCCAGAUCGCCGCCUUCUGUAUGCCGUCCACUUUUGACAAUCAUUGGAGUUUAUAAGAGUGAUUUCUUUUCAUUUUAAUUAUUAUUAUAAUUAUAACAAUUAUUACAAACCGCUAAAUUAGACACAGUGAUAGACAGCCUGUCACUGUCCUCAUAGCAAUAUGAGUGUGGCCCCUGGUCCUGAGUAGGGCUGCACAAUAUAGGCUGAUUUGCUGCUUGACACAAUGAAAAAUUGAUUAAUAAUGUUCAUGUUUUCUAACAAUAUGUACAGAUGGUAUCUGUAUAUCAGGUGUAAGCUGGUAUAUUAAAAUCAUAACAUGUUAUGAUUGACUUCUAGCUAAAGUUGGUCUUAAUUCCUAUGUUUUUAAUAUAUUUUUUUAUAUUGUGCAGCUCUAAUCUACAUUAAACAUUUACUAAUACUGAGCCAGAUGUGGUUGCCAGAAAUGUUAAACUAGCUCUUACUUUGUUAAACUAGUGGCUAAGUGUUGGAUUAAAAUCUUGGCAAAUCCCAUCUUCGGCUGAUUGAUCUUUCUGCCCUCAUUGAGUAAGAGGUGUUUAAUGAUAUCCACUGGGUGGCAGUGUCAUAAAGUGAUAUUAUUGCUGACCCAAAAACACAAGUUUGCUGAUAAAUAAUAUUUCUCACAACUGUGUUUUUAGUAAUCAAAGGGAUGAAAAAACACAUAUGGGUUUCUAUAACAGCAUCUGGCCCACUUCUGGUAUGUGUAAAGGUAAAUUGUGGCCCACAUACCACCUCAGGCCACAAUAAUGUUGCUAUCAGGGUCUGUACAUCUAUACUAAGUCCAAUAUAACAGACAGCCCCACAGAUCAAUGAGUUAACCAGUUAAUGACCAACUGUGGUAGUGGAAGGUAGUGUUGUAUCUAUAUUCCUGUUAUUCCGUUUGUUUAGUUUCCUGGAUCUGGAUUUCCGGGAGAGUUUCGAUAUCGUUCCUGAAAGAGCUGGUAGUGCAGUAGGUGCAGGUGUGCUGUGUGGAAGCAGGCGAUGCUGUGGCGUUUUGUUUUUGUCCCUUCUUUGAUCUGCCGUACAUCUACUGACCGUUCUCCCGUUUUAUAUGUUCACUUAUACUCUUUUUCUUACAGACGACUUGCAUUUUCAAGACUGGUUAAACUGUAGUUCUACAGAGAGACAAAAACAAAUACCAGUGAUAUGCAAUUGUUAUACAUAUUAUAUUUGUAUAAAUAAAUAUAUAUGUCCGUGUC